GAAAACGCACGAAGAAACAGUUUCAUUUACUAAUUUAGAUAAGAAAAAUGACUGCGGCUUGCAUCACUGAAAAGUAAAUAAUCUAAACCGGAAGUGCCAGCUGUGAAUGUCAACACAAACAUCAUCAUCAACGAUUUAACAACAACUGAUGAAAAAGAAUGAGUGAGACAAAGAAAAGAGGUCGUGAAACAGAAAAGAAAGAUUUGCCACAAGCCAUUAAAAGUGUUCCAGUUGUGACUCCACAGAUCAUGGAUUCAUGUAGCGGACCGGCCCCAUUUUCGAAUGAAGACCAGGCUCGAAUAGAGAGGGACUCAUGUGACUACAAAAUCAGAAUCAAACUAGAUGAUGCCAAGGCAGGGAGAUCUCCGCGGCGUGUGCGUGUGUAUGCAGACGGUAUCUACGACAUGUUCCACUCAGGCCAUGCCAGGCAACUCAUGCAGGCCAAAAUAGCAUGUCCCAACACCUACCUCAUUGUUGGAGUGUGCAAUGAUCAGCUGACCCACAAGGAGAAGGGGCGCACAGUGAAUAACCAGGAGGAGCGCUAUGAGGCUGUGAGACACUGCAGAUAUGUGGAUGAGGUCGUCAGGGACGCACCAUGGACUCUCACAGACGAAUUCCUCUCCUAUCAUAAGAUUGACUUUGUAGCCCAUGAUGACAUACCAUACACCGCAGGGGCUGCCACUACAGGGGAUGUUUACAGCAUGAUCAAAGCCAGGGGCAUGUUUCUGACGACUCAGCGUACAGAGGGUAUCUCAACAACGGAUGUGAUAGCCCGCAUCAUCAAGGACUAUGACUUGUAUGUUAGGAGGAAUCUGGAGCGAGGGUACACUGCCAAGGAGCUCAAUGUCAGCUUCAUGAAGUUUUGGUUUUAUUUUUUUGAACGGCACAUUGUUGAAGUUUGCACCAAACUAACGUGGGCUGUCUGGAAAGAGAAAAAGCUGCAAUUUGAAGAGAAGUAUGACAAAAUCAAGGACAAAAGCAGGCAGUGGAUUGACAACUGGCAUGAGAGGUCUCACGAGUUGAUUGGCAGCUUCCUGGCUAUGUUUGGUAGAGAUGGGCGAUUGAAACACUGGGUGAAGGAGGGUAUUCGUGCAAUAUCGCCGUCUAGAGAGCCGCAUCAUAAGGACCUGGAUGAGCGGUCGAGCAGCAGCUCCUCCCCGGCCUCAUCCCCACUCACGGAGAGACGCCCCAAGCGGCAGCGUCCCAACAGCCGCCCCAUGGCCAGCUGUGAGUCCAAGGAACUCAAGUACAAUGACUACUCAGACGAGGAGCAAAGCUAGAUCAGUCAGUUUGGAGAACAUUGCAAAACUGCAAUAUUAGUACAUUGUGGGUAAAACUGGGCUUUAUGUGUGUGCGUAAAGUGUCAUCCCAGAUUUAAAAACAAAAAUCAAGUCUAGGCCGGAAGUGUUGCCUCGGAUUUUCCUUUGACGACUGCAGUGGCUAAUCUUGGAUGAAACUUUACGCAUGUGCAUUAGGCCCUGUGACAACAUAGCGAGGAUCAUGUUAAAACAUGCUACAGAGUGUAUGCAUGGUGUCCUAACAUAAGAAUUCCAGUGAUGCUCAAUGCUCGUUUCAAUUUUAAAUUCAGUCCUUUUGAGAUGUGUAUAAUGUUAAGCUUGUGUUUAUUUAUAUUUUAUGCCCCCCUUCGAAGUAGAGGGGGUAUAUUGUUUUGCACAUGUCAGUCGGUUGGUCUGUC